AUGGGACUUGUCCAGCUUGACAAUCAGACCGCCUACCGACCGGAAGCACUGAUCGGUGCAGAUCAGUCGGGGCUACGAUAUCUCGGCUGGAACGUACCACCGGAGGAGCUGGUGCACAUUCCCGAGCACUGGUUUCAGUUUCCCGAACCGGAAGCAUCACUGCACUACCUGCUUGGACUGCUGUACAUCGCCUUCACCAUUUUCGCACUCAUUGGCAAUGGGCUGGUCAUUUGGAUUUUUAUCGCCGCGAAAUCCUUACGGACACCCUCGAACGUCUUCGUGAUUAAUCUUGCCAUCUGUGAUUUCUUCAUGAUGGCCAAGACACCGAUCUUCAUCUACAACUCCUUCACGAAAGGAUUCACGCUAGGGAACUUAGGAUGCCAAAUAUUCGCAUUCGUUGGAUCUCUUACCGGAAUUGGAGCUGGUGCUACUAACGCCCUCAUUGCAUAUGAUCGUUAUAACACCAUCACCCGUCCAUUUGAGGGAAGACUUACCCAAACGAAAGCCAUCAUAUUCAUCGUUCUCAUCUGGGCGUACACCAUCCCGUGGGGAGUGCUUCCGUUGCUGGAAAUCUGGGGACGUUUCGUACCCGAGGGCUUCCUUACGUCCUGCAGCUUCGACUAUCUAUCCAACACGUUCGACACACGGCUGUUUGUGGGAUCGAUCUUCGUCUUCAGCUAUGUACUACCGAUGAGUUUGAUCAUUUUCUACUACAGCCAGAUCGUAAGCCAUGUCGUCAACCACGAAAAGUCGCUCCGCGAACAGGCCAAGAAGAUGAACGUGGAAUCGCUGCGAUCGAAUCAAUCGAAAAACGAUGCGUCCGUUGAGAUCCGGAUUGCCAAGGCAGCCAUCACCGUUUGCUUCCUGUUCGUUGCCUCGUGGACGCCGUACGCGGUGCUGGCACUGAUCGGUGCGUUCGGCGACAAGAGUCUGCUGACACCGGGCGUUACAAUGUUUCCCGCGUGCGCCUGCAAGUUUGUAGCGUGUUUAGACCCGUACGUAUACGCCAUCAGCCAUCCGAGAUACCGUAUGGAGCUGCAGAAGCGUCUGCCCUGGUUGGCUAUUACCGAAACGUUGCCCGCAGAGGCCGCCUCGACCUGCACUGAGCAGCAGGAAACAACCGUCGCAGCGCAAUCAUAA